AUGUCUGUGUCCCACCGCCUCUACAGGAUGAACUCUUACGAUGAUGACGAGGAGGCGGCCCGGGAGCACCGGAGACGAGCCCGUCAGGAACGCCUGAGCAAUAUGGAGAAUGAAGAGUCGAGUAACACUACAACAGAAACAAACAGUGCAGAGACGUCCUCCUUGAUCACUAGUUCUGCACCGGCUGAGGAUGAUGAUCAGGCUCUCUUAGAGAGGAUUGCCAGGAGAGAAGAGCAGAGACAGAAAAGGAUGAAGGAAGCUUUGGAGAGACAGAAGGAAGUUGAUCCCACCAUCACGGAUGAAACUGUCACCACCAGCACCACUACCACAGAGGACGAGCCAAGUCGUAGAAUUGACGAACAAGAGUCCUCCCAAAGUGAUGUCUCUUCAACAGAAACCAACUCUUGGAAGGAAAGGGAAGAGAAAAAAGAGGAGGAAAAUAUAGAGGAGAACAGCUUUGAGAUUGAGGAGACUAUCACAAAAAAGGAGGACCCAGUGCCUGUCAAAGCAGCCGAGGAACCCAAAGAAUCUCCUGAGAAGAUUGACAAACCAGAAGAGGAAAAUAGACCACAGAGGUCCUACCUCAGAGAACAGGAAUCCACGGAGGAGAAACCCAAAGAACCAGCUGUACCAAAUGAGGAAGAAUCAAGUAUAGAGACUAAAGAACAAACAAAUGCAGAUUUAGAAAAGAACAAGGUUGAAAAUGAAAGUCAAAUAUCAAGAAAAGAACCGACAAAAGAGGACCAAAUACAGGUGGAAGUCAUAGUGGAGUCAACUACACCACAGACUGAAGAGGAAAAGCUGGUGGAGAAAGAAGAACAGGUUAAGAAUCCUGAAGAAAAACUUGUUGAGGUGAAGGCUCAAAUUCAAGACGAAGCUCCAGUGAAGAAGAAGGAUGAGAAACCUAUGAAAGAGCAAGAGAAACCCCAUGUACCAGUUGAAGAAACGCCACAAAAAUCAAUUAGGGAAGUUGAGGUGAAAGCCAAAACCCCAAAGAAAGAGGAGGAGAAAGCACAACUGAAGAGAGAGGUUGAAGAAAAACCAUCAACACCAAAGAAGAAGGUUGAGGAGAAACCUGUGACUCCAAAGAAAGAGGUUGAGGAAAAGCCUAAAUGGAAGAAAGAGGCUGAAGAAGCGAAGGCCAAAGUUGAAGAAAAAGUCAAAUCAAAGAAAGAGAAGGUUGUAGAGGAAAAAACAAAACCUUCCUUUUUACGUGACAAACUGAAAGUGUCAACAAAGCCGCAAGAUGUAGCUGACAGCACCGCCAAAGCCAAGAAACCAGAGAAGACACUAAGUCCCACCAGCUUGCGUUCUCCUGACACAGAGAAGCAAGAUCCCAUCGCCAAGCUGGAGGCAGAACGCAAGCUGCAGGAGCUGAAGCGCAGACGGAAUGAGACAGACAGCGAGGCGCUGGAGAAGAUGAAGCAGAAGCAGCAAACUGCAGAGGCCGAGCUGGAGGAGCUGAAGAAGAAGAGGGAGGAAAGGAGGAAGAUUCUUGAGGAGGAGGAGAAGCAGAAGAAACAGCAGUUGGCAGAAAAGAAAGCCAAAGAGGAGGAAGAGAGGAGGAAGAUGAAGGAAGAGAUUGAGCGAAGGAGAGCAGAGGCAGCCGAGAAAAAAAAACAAAAGGAGGAGUCGAAAGGAGGGAGCAAAGCACCAUUUAUCGCGCCGAAGGGCGCCUCCGGAAAGAUUGGCGAAAAAGCUGAAUUUCUGAACAAAUCUGCUCUAAAAAGUCCGGUAAAGACAUCACACACUCCAUUAAUUUGCAAGAUUGGAAACAGACUAGAGCAAUACACUUCUGCUGUUCAGACCAAAGAAGUGACCAAAUCACCCAAAUCUCCUGUGGAUGUACCUGUGGCUGAAGGCCUGCGGAGCAUCAAGAGUAUGUGGGAGAAGGGGAAUGUGGUUAAUCCCACCCCGAGUCCGGCAAGCCCCCCAGCGGUCACCAAGGAAACAGCUGGCCUGAACAUCGGUUUGGCUGGUCGUAUUAACAGCUGGAAAACCAAGACUCCAGAGCCCAAGCCUCCUGAACCGAAACCAGCUCCUGAACCAGAAAAACCACCUGCCAAAACAGAGAAAAAGGCAGCUGAGGUCACUAAACCACGUGGCCCAUGGGAAACAAAGGGCUCCUCACCUGCCAAGGUGUUCGCAGCCAAGAGUAAAUUUGUCACAAACGGAACAAGAAAAUAAAGACAUCCAACAGAUCCCAGAUCAGCCAAAAUGGAAGAUGCAUCCAUUAAAUAUGCACGAUUUUGUAACUUCAGGUUACAUUGGAAAUCAAGCGACAACUUAACAGUACAAAAUAAAUAUUUUGUAAGUUCAAAAAUUCUUACAAUAGUACACAAAAAUGCCAUUAAAAUUAAACAUUUAAAUUUAUUACAAUUACCAUGAAUUGCA